AUGGCUCCACCGUCUAAAUCAGCAGGCAAAGCGAUGAAGAAGUCCGGCAAGGCUCAGAAAAACAUCACUAAGUCCGACAAGAAGCGCAAGCCCAAGAGAAAAGAAUCCUACGGUAUCUACAUCUACAAAGUAUUGAAGCAAGUGCACCCUGAUACCGGUGUUUCGUCGAAAGCCAUGAGUAUCAUGAACAGUUUCGUCAACGACAUUUUUGAACGCAUCGCUUCCGAAUCCAGUCGUUUGACCCAUUACAACAAGCGUUCCACAAUUACUAGUCGGGAAAUCCAGACGGCCGUUCGUUUAUUAUUGCCCGGUGAAUUGGCCAAGCACGCUGUUAGUGAAGGCACUAAAGCCGUGANCUUAAGCAUUUAUAGACUUCAUAAUACCACCACUAUUUUAGAAUUUCAUACUCCUUAA